AUGCAUUCCUUCGAGCAAGCACCGAACUUCCCCUUUCCGGGUACCAGUCCACAUUUCGAAAGGGAUUCUGCCCUUAAUUCUGCUAGAUGGACAUCGAUUUCGGAUGUGGUUUGCAGUCUUAGAUGCAUUGAAGAAUCGUGGAUGAAGGACUAUACUAUGUAUAGCCAUCAAUGUGUCCUCAGACUUGCAAAUGGUCUUAAGGCUCAAUUCACGCGCCAAGACAUCGCUAGGGUUCACUGCAUUAAAGCACUACCUAAGCCACAACGCGGCUUUAGAUGUUCGGUUGAACCUGGAUUACCAUUCAAAAGGGCUGACAUUAUUUAUAUAUGA